AUGGAGAGGGGCGGGUGCGCCCUCGCGGGAACGCGGCUGCUGCUGCUGCUGCUGCUCUUGCUGCCUCUGCCGGGGUUGAUGCUCUCGGGCGCCCCCUGGGGGCCGAGCGCCUGGCAUUGCAGCCUGUCGGCGUCCUGCGAAUGCGAAUUCUGCCCUGAUUUAACGGGCCUCGAGUGCGAGUUAGCUCUGCGCCUGGUGGGGCAGCCUCUGGCCAGGCAGCUGGUCAUCCAAGGCCUGAAGAAGUUUGUGCAGGAUCCCGAGCCCACCAAGCCCCUGGUCCUGUCCUUCCACGGCUCGACGGGCACCGGCAAGACCUUCCUGACCUCCCUGCUGGCCCAGCACCUCUUCCGGAUGGGCCUCCGGAGCCCCUACAUCCACCGCUUCUCCCCGCUGGUCCACUUUCCCCAUGCUGACCACCUCCAGCAAUACAAGGACGAUCUCAGAAGCUGGAUCGAGGGCAAUCUGACCCAGUGUGGCCGUUCCCUUUUCCUCUUCGACGAGAUGGACGAUCUGCAUCCAGGCUUGAUCGAGGUCAUUGCGCCCUUCCUGGGACCUUCCUGGGUGGUGUUCGGGACCAACUAUCGGAAAGCCAUCUUCGUCUUUAUCAGCAAUACGGGCACGGAGCAGAUUAACCGGAUGGCUUUGGACCUCUGGCGGGACCGCAGAGACCGCGAGGAGAUCAGUCGUCAGGAUCUGGAAGCGUCGAUUUUGGAGGCCAUUUCUAAAGACCCGCAAAACGGAUUCUGGAAAUCCGGGAUCCUUGAGCAAAACGUGAUCGACGUCUUGGUGCCCUUCCUCCCGUUGCGACAGCACCACGUGAAGCAGUGCGUGGUCAACGAGAUGGCCGGCCAGGGUCUCCUCCCUCACCCGGAGGUCGUGGACGGAGUAGCCGGCAGCUUUUCCUACUUCCCCAACGAGGAAAAAAUCUUCUCCUCCACCGGAUGCAAAACCGUAUCUUCCCGCAUCCCGUUUUUCUUAUGACCUCUUUGGAGACGUUUUCCCGGUCCGGAAUGGAGUUUACGGUUUUCUUCCAAGUCAUGACCAUUUCUGGGUUCUGAAGGACCAAGGACGGGGUCUUUUUAAAGGCAAAGAA